AUGGCUCGCAAGAAGAAAGUUUUUAUCGAAAGUAAAGAAGAGAGAAUGAUGUUGACUAUCCAGGAAGUAAUCCAGGAAUUACUGGUGGCGCAUGACGAGCACCGGGAUGUUGAUCUGAAUAAAUUGAAAACCAGGGUUUCAUCCAAGUACGGUUUGGAGUCUUCACCGAGGCUGGUGGAUAUUAUUGCAGCAGUUCCUCUUGAUGCUAAAAAUAAAUUGAUUCCUAAAUUGAAAGCUAAGCCUAUUAGAACAGCCAGUGGUAUUGCAGUUGUCGCUGUAAUGUGUAAGCCCCACAGAUGUCCGCACAUAAAUUUCACAGGUAACAUUUGUGUCUAUUGUCCGGGAGGACCAGAUUCAGAUUUUGAAUACUCAACUCAAUCUUACACUGGAUAUGAACCAACAUGUACAAGAUUAGAAAUUGGAGUUCAAUCAGUCUUUGAAGAUGUUGCUCGUGACACUAAUCGUGGUCAUACAGUUAAAGCAGUCUGUGAGACAUUUAAUAUUGCUAAAGAUACUGGAUAUAAAGUAAUUGCUCAUAUGAUGCCUGACUUACCUAAUGUAGACAUUGAACGUGAUGUAGAACAAUUUAUU